GUUAUUGUUUUCAAGACCUGACAAAAAGCAAAGAAUUGAAGCAAGUGGUUUGUGCUGGGGCGCCAAGGUGCGACUGAAUUAAACUGGACGCGCAGUAUGUAGGCGACGAGGGACGUGACGAUUUCGUGUACCAUAUCGACUUCCACACACCCCGAAAGCUGACGCGAGGGGCUGGUGCUUGGAGAACCGGAUAGCUCGGACGGUGAGGUUGGAGACAGAUGGCGAUCGAUCGAAUCUUUGGUUAUGGAUCUCUAAUAUGGAAGCCGCCUCCAUUCGUUACUGGUCGCACACCCUGCUACGUUAAGGGAUACACCAGGAGGUUCGCACAAUUUUCACAUGAUCAUCGAGGGACUCCAGAAAACCCGGGUGUAGUGGUGACUCUGGUUCCAAAUUCUGAAUGGCUCAACCUUCCGGGGGCCGAUGAAUAUCCCUCAAGGCUAGUAUGGGGAGUUAUGUAUACUAUCGAUCCUAAUCAUGCUGAAGAAGUGCAUGCUUAUUUGGAUGAACGCGAGAAGGAUGGCUACGAGUUAAUGGAAGUAGAUGUCUUUGUGAUUAAGGAUGGCCAAGAAGAAUGUUAUGGGAAGUCGAGUAUUUAUGUAGGUCAUACUACAAACCCGAGUUUCUGUAGACCUACCAAGCUGGAAGAACUGGCCUCUCGAAUUCAUAAGAGCAUCGGACCUUCUGGUCCAAACAAAGAGUAUCUCUAUCAUUUGAAACGAGAAGUUGAAGCUUUAUGUCCCGAAGCAAACGACCCAUACCUCAGCGAUCUUGAAGGCUUAGUCAAGCAGCUAGAUCAGACAUCCUGUUCUUCAGCAUUGAGAGAUUGAAUUUAAAUACAUGCCUCGUAGUGUCACCCAUGUUUGGAUAGGAUACGAAAUACAUCAAGUUUUUUCUUUCGAUACUUUUUAUGCAUAGAUCAAUGCUCAAGCAAUCCCAGAUUGAGUGGCCAUCGAUCAUGUUUGUACUAGGCUUAGUCCUCCAAGUUAUGUGUUCAAGCUGUUUUUCACCUCGUUUUUUUUUUUUUUGGAUUUCUUGAAAAGAAAAAAGCGGCUAGUUUCC